AUGACUUUAUGUUUGACUCUGAUGCAGGCUAAGGUCGUGGAGAGCGACAACAUAUGUCAAGAGAAUAAAAUGCUAAAGAAGAAGGUGGAGUCACAGCCUUUCAAUACCAGGGACGUUGAGAGGAUGAAAAGAGAGUUGCAGGCUGCUGAGAGGGAUGCUGGAGAGGCUGAACUUGCUAGGAAUGAUUGGGAGGAAAAGUGUUGGGAGCUUGGCCGUACUCUCGCAAAUAACAUCAGAGACUUAGAACCUAUCACCAGGGAUUGUAACCAAGCCCUUAAGAGGGAUCAAUUAUUAAGCAAACUCUUACUUUCAUGUGCUUCUAGGUUGAAGAUUGGUAAUGACAUUCAAUAUGUGUUGAAUCCCAAGGGAACCACGCAUGCUGAGAUCAUGGGCAUAUGCUGCUGCCGUACAGUGAAUCAAAACUAUGCAAAUAUUCUUUUGAUGCUUGUACGUCUCCGUCAGGCUUGUGAUCACCCACUUCUUGUUAAAGAAUACAAUUCUGAUCCUGUUGGAAAAGAUUCUGUUGAAAUGGCAAAAAGGCUUCCAAAAGAGAUGCUGAUAAAUCUGUUUAAUAGUUUGGAAACAACUUCCGCUAUAUGUUUUGUCUGCAAUAGGCCAGAGAAUAAGCUUGGAGAUGAUGAAACGUGGGAUAGGGCUGAAAGUGCUCUCAAGGAGGCUUUGGAUGAGUGUGGCAAAGGGAAUGUGUUUGUUAAGAACUUAGCGGAAUCGAUAGAUAAUGUGGGACUGCAUGAUUUAUUUCAAGAAUAUGGGAAUAUUUUGUCUAGCAAAAUUGUCAUCUCUGAAGAUGGGAAGAGCAAAGGGUUUGGUUAUAUACAGUUUGGUUCAGAGGAGUCUGCAAAUGAUGCUAUCCAGAAAAUGAAUGGCUCUACUGUGAGAGAUAAGCAGAUAUAUGUUGGGAAAUUUAUCAGAAAAAGUGAGCGCUCUUUGCCUGAACCUGAUGCCAAAUAUACAAACUUGUACGUUAAGAAUUUGGACCCAGAUAUUACCGAAGCACUUCUUAAAGAAAAGUUCUCAUCUUUUGGAAAAAUUCUUAGCUUGGCUAUUGUAAAGGAUGAGAAGGGGUUGUCAAAAGGUUUUGGAUUUAUGAACUAUGAAAACCCGGAUGAUGCAAGACGAGCAACGGAAGCAAUGAAUGGAUCACAAUUUGGUUCAAAGAACCUGUAUGUUGCAAGAGCACAAAAAAAGGUUGAACGUGAUAAGACCUUGCAUCAGUGGUUUGCAGAAAGAUGCAUGGAGAAAAACUUGAAAUACAAGGGAUCAAACAUUUAUGUGAAGAACAUUGAUGAUAGUGUUAGUGACGAAGAACUAAAGAGUCAGUUUAGUGCUUGUGGCACAAUAACUUCUGCAAAAGUUAUGCGAGAUGACAAAGGAAAAAGCAAAGGCUUUGGGUUUGUCUGUUUCUCUACCCUGGAUGAGGCUGUUAAGGCUGUGAACAGUUUUCAUGGACGCAUGUUUCACGGAAAACCACUGUAUGUUGCUUUUGCUCAGAGGAAAGAUGUUAGGCAAAGCCUAUUGCAGCUCCAGCAUUCGCACUGGUGUUGUUUAUCAUCACCCUAA